AUGGAGUUCUCUGUUUCCAUAACAGAUAAUGAUGUUAGAAGAGGAGGAAUAGUAAGCCUGGUUUCUCCAAGGAAUCCAACACCUAUAAAGACUGUGUAUCUUUCAAAUAUAGACCAGACAGUGGCCUUUCCUGUUCAGACAGUAUUCUUCUAUGAAGUCCCACCAGGUGGUGGAACCCCAAGAUUUGAUGCAACUGACAGAGUGAGGAGAUCAGUGUCUGAGGUUCUUUUGAUCCCUUACUAUUUUAUGGCUGGGAGGCUCAACUUCAAUCUCCAAACAAAGAGGCUGGAGCUUGUCUGCAACAAUGCCGGGGUCUUGUUUGCUGGUGCAACAUCGAGUCUUAGCUUGAAUGAGCUUGGGAAUCUGUCUCUACCAAACCCUUCAUUUCGGCAUCUUGUUCUUCAAACAGAGGGGUUCGAGAGCCUCCCCGAGACUCCCAUUUUCACAAUUCAGGUCACGAGAUUCAAAUGUGGAGGAUUCUCGAUUGGUUUUGUUACAAACCACAGCAUACUUGAUGGCAGAUCAGCAGCAGAGAUGUUCGAGAAUCUUGCAUCUAUCUGCAGGGGAGAAGGCAUGAAGACCCAUUUGCUUAACAUUGAUAGGUCAUGCAUCAGAGCAAGAGACCCACCUCAGAUCAAGUUCCAGCAUACAGAAUACACCAAGCUAGCAGAAGCCACCUCCCUCGCUUCCUCCUUUACUUCACCAAUCCAACCCUCGACAUCCACUCCUCUCCCAAGCCUCCAACUGGACCAUGACUUCAGAAUGCUCUCUUUCAGCCCCGACAUGAUCAGAUGUCUCAAGGAGAAGGCCGCGACCAAGUGCUCUAGCUUUGAGGCCAUUGUGGCUCACAUAUGGAGGGCAAGAACGAAGGCUGUCUUCGAUGACCCAGAUGGGAUCUCCUCUGUUCUAUUUGCAGCGGACAUAAGGUCAAGGGUGUCGCCACCUUUGCCGCAUGGGUUCGGCGGCAAUGCUGUGAUCACAGCCUCAGCUAGUGCUAAGGUGGCGGUCUUGGGUGAGAAGCCCUUCUCCUUCUGCGUGGGGAUGGUGAAGGAGGCCAUAGAGAGGGUCACAGACGAGUAUGUCAGGUCUGUAAUAGACUGGCUGGAGGUUUACAGAGGGGUGCCUUCCACUGUGAAUGGAAACUUCUUUCUUUCUGCUUGGUGGAAACUUCCCUUCCACGAGCUGGACUUUGGGUAUGGGAAGCCUCUGUACGGUGGGCCUGUGGUUGGUGGGAUGGGUGAAUUCGUGCUUCUGCUCUCCAGUGGUAAUGACAUGGGAAGAAGGGGUGGUGUAAAUGUGUGGAUAGCUCUGGAGAAAGAUAAAAUGGAGAGAUUCUUGUGUCAUGUGUUUGAGAUGUGA